CUGCAAUUGUCAACAUGGCGGACACGCGGACUCGAGGAUCUUCUCGAUCUCCUGCCAGAGGAGUUAGAAACCGCUCUCGAUCAAGAGAAAGAGAACGCCCAAGGGAACGAGAGGCCAAUGAAAACAAAGUUUCAAUCGACAGGGAAAAGGUAUAGGUUUUAUAUAUCUAACUUGCGAAAACGCAAAGUCUGGAAUUUACCGACAAAUGUUCAAGUGAAGCUUAAAUGUUAUUGAAUUAACAAAGGAUGCUCACAUUGCUUGUGUUACGUUCUUUACAGACCUGUCCCUUGCUUCUAAGAGUGUUUUGUAAUCAAGGUCGACAUCACAGGUAAUUUCUUUAGUUUUUUUACAAGACUUUUUAACAGGAGAAAAAUAAUACAAGCCUUCUAGGGAAAUAACCGGGAAUAAGGAGAUAUGCAAAUGGCUGGGGAGGGAAUGAAAAUAUCAUGCACACUUCACUUCAAAGGCAGCAAGAGAUAUAGAUUAAUUAUUAUUUUGAAAAAGGAAUCAAGCAACAAAGCUUGAUUAACAUACUUAAAAGGACACUGAAUUUGAACCGGGGAAUUGACACAAAGAAGUCUUGCUUUGAUUGUUCAGAGUUCAGUUCACUGUCUUUUUUUUUCAACUUGUCACACCCUUGAAACAUGGUUUGAGUUAUCAAGGGUAUAACUUUAUUAUUAUAUAGAAAUGAUCUGAAGGAAAAGAAAGUUACUUCGAGUUAAAGGGAGGUUCGAGUUAUCAAGGGUUUGAGUUACUAAGGGUAAAAUUACAGGAAAUGUAUGAAAGGUCCUUAUUCCAUUCUCCUAGCAGGUAAGGGUAAUAUGAUGCAAGGUGUCUCGUCGGCUUGUUUUGGAAACUUACUGGUGCGAAUGGUGAUAGAUGUUUAUACAAAUAUUUUAACUCUCCAUUUCGUCUGGAUUUCUUCACUGAACUAGGAUAGAUGAAUAUUCUAGGACGGCAUUACCUUCAAAUGAACUUCAAGUUUACACUUGGUAAGAUUUGAUCUUUGACUCCUGGUAUCUUGAUGCAGUAACUGCAUUUACUCAUGGUCUGUAAAUAAAUGCACUGUAAAUAGAUUCCAUUUUGCUUUGUAUCUGUUAGGUUAUAGAUUACAGGUGACAUCAAAAUAUGGUAAGAACAAAGUUGUACACUGUCACAAGCUGUUGGCGAAAAGUCUUUGAUAUUCUUACUACCCUUGCCACCCCAAACAUAAUUUUAUGGCUUGUAAUGGAACAGAUGCAAACAAAAUGGAAUCUAUUUAUUACAUACAAGGCAUGGAAACAAAAAAUCUGGAAACCUGCCUUGAAAUGCUCAGCUGUGUUCAAAGAUUUUUUUCUUUUUAGGCAAUUUUCCAAAUCAAAAUGAAUACAUUUAGUUUCAGUUGCUUUUGUCUCUUACUUGUAACUGCUCCAGUAAAACUUCCUUUCAGACCUUCUCUGUCAAACCAAAAUAAUCCUGUGAAGCGUUUGGAAGCUGUUUUCUUUUUUGGACAAAUUAAAGCGAAGAUUUUCUGUAAAGAUGGCUAACCACACUUUUGUGCUCUAUAGACCAUAGGCAACAACUAAUCACAGUUUACAAACUAUUAAUUUUGGUACUUUUUAUAAUAAUGAGAUGGUUUUUCAUCACUGCUGAAAAAAUUGAGAUGAGAAGAAAUCAAUGCAUACACCCCUUGCAGUUAUUGUUGGGAAUCUUUUAAUGAAAUUCCUCAUAAUUUUUAAGCUUUGGUUAUUCUCCAUUGUAGGAAAGAUGCCACACUGAAAGAGCUGAUGAGCCUUGUCAAGGAAGUUAAUCCUGAUGCAAGGCGUAAAGGCACGAUGUUUGAUUUUGCCAUUGUAUUUCCUGAUGCUCGGCGUGGUGGCUUCAUUAUGAAGGAAAUUGGUUCCACUGCAGCAGGACGCAAAGGCACUGAUGACAGUGUUACGCUAGAGUCAAAAAAGUUUCAAAUAGGUGACUUCAUUGAUGUCGCUAUUCAGCCACCUAGAUUGGGAAGACGAGAUAGACCUUAUUGAUGUCACUAAGUAACACAAACAUUUUUUAUUGUCAUUUUGCUUUAAUGCUAAGUAAAAGAUUCAAAUCUUCUUACAUUAUCAACAUUAACAUCCCUCAUUCUUGUUUUGAAAAAAAGUCUUUGAAUGUGGACAGAUUAGCCUUAUUUAUUGUAUCAUUUUAGGAAUCAUUUUUUGUGAAACAAAAAUGGUGGUCAAAGAUUCACAUUGGUAGAUGGCAUUUUUUUGGAUGAGUUCAGUUGGACUAAUAUUGAAAUGCAGUUUGCUGUCAAGAAGUACAUGUAUGUUUUUAUUAACCAUUUUUGGAUGAAAAAAGUUAAACCUCAGAUUGUCUAAUGAACACAAUACUUCUUUAUUAUUUUUGAUUGUGUCACAUGGAGUGUGAUUUCAACAAAAUAUUACAUGAAAAAAUACCUCAAUCUGAAAAAGGAUAGGAUAAACACAGGAAAAAAUAACAGAUUCCCAUUUUUGGAUAUUUUAGGGUAUUUGAAGAAUACCCACAAAAAUCCCAAAUUUGGAAGAGUGAGACAAGUCCCAACCAGGGAACUUGGUUGGGAAUUCCCUGGUUGGGACUUGUCUCACUUUGCCAAAUUUGGGAUUUUUGUGGGUAUUCUUUAAAUACCCUAAAAUAUCCAUUAUUGGGAAUCUGUUAUUUAUUCCUGUGAAAGAAGUAGCCUUACUUCGCUCUCCUCAUUUUUCACAAAUGCUGAAAGUGUACUGUAGCUAGCUGUAAAAAACAACUCUGAAUAUGCUUUAAGAGCCAUAAGGAAAUCAUGUCUACACUCCACAAUUGUGAAUGGUUGUUUCCAAACCAAGGAGCUGGAGAUUGGGAUUAACCUUGAUCGUUGAAUGUGCUUGAUCCUGUUCCUCAUUUUAGUAACAAUGUGCACAUGUACCUUUCAUGUUGUUUAACAUAUUUUCUUUUCAAAUAAAAGCUUAAAUGUGCGAGUUAAUUUGUCUAGAGUUAUUUUGAUAAUCUGGCUGAACUUUUCAUUUUUGGAACACUUGAUAAUAAUGAGUUCCCAACUAGAGAACCGGACCUCUGUGCUGGAGACCUAGGGUUAGUGCCACCCCUGGAGAUAGAUUUGGUUCUUGUCUGCAAUGAACUUUUCUGAUGAGGCAGCAUGAAGCUUUGAACUGGAAGGCUAACAUCAGGGUUGAUUUUCUUGUCGUGCACUUUAGCUGUGAAUGAAGGAGGGAGUGAAGCUCAAUUAAGUGCUUUGUGUUUCAACUUAUUCUCCACACAUUUUUUAAACUGAGUCUUUCUUUAAUUUAUGAGAUUUUGACACACAUUUUCUAAAAUACAUUGCAGCUAGAAAUUUGCUGAAUGUUGAAAAAUAUUCAGCUUCCAAUCAUAAUAGGCAUCCCUUAAGCAAUGAUUUCUUUUUGUAGUAUAAAAUCAGGUGAUACAAAGGAUAGAUGGACUGGGAAAAAAUGAGAAGAUAAUGGAAGGGACCUCCAGGGUUUUUUCUAGAGUAUGGCCUUGUGGGAUUUCCACAAUUUGGAAAAAAAUGCCGC